GAAGCCGAGUAUAUAUCAGCUUUACGGACUUUGUAAGAGUGAUAAAAUUGAGUGUCAUUGUCUUUAAUGAAUGAUUCAUUUUACAAUUAAGAUUUUACUUUUGUUUUAUCAAUAUAAGUAAACUAAAAGUUAAAGUACUUAUUUGUAACAUCAAAAAUCACCUAAUGUGAAUUAAAGUAAAAUCUGUGUAAUUAUAAAUAUUCAAGAACUCAUAUGAAUUUAGAUAAAAAGUUUCAGAUACUUUAGCUUCAUGAUUAAUAGAAAUACCCAGAAAAAGGGAGAAAUAAAGAGUAUAAUAUAUUUGUGAACAUAAAUAUAAAAGAUGUUAUUCCGAAAGAAAAUUCCGUGGGAUGUAAAAUUGAAUUAAAUACUCAAUUAAAUAUCAAAUACAAAUACAUAGUAAGCUAAAAUAAAAUUAGUAUUUAAAAAAAACUAUUUAUGGAUCUGCUAUGAAUAUGGACACUUUGACACAAAAACGUUUCUUACACAGAAACAACGAUUUGGAAACACUGGAACCACCUAUAAAGAAAAUUACUCUAGAAUUCAUUGACAUGUUUUGUUGGGGAAGUACAGCUCAUGGAGAAUUAAGUUUAGGUGGUAUUGAGGAAGAGUCCAUUCUUGUACCUCGUGAAGUUGACUUUCAAAAAGCAACAAAAAUCAAAGAAAUUGCGUGUGGAAAUAAUUAUACUAUAGUUAUAACUGAAGAUGGUGAAAUUUUUUCUUGUGGGAAUAAUGAUUAUGGACAAUUAGGUCAUGACAAACCUCGGAAAAAAUUACAACUAAUAUUAGGACUCGAAGCUUUUGUCUUCAGAAAAGCUGCUUGUGGUGCUUGUCAUACAUUAGCUGUGAAUGAAUGGGGACAAUUAUUCAGUUGGGGUUGUAAUUCUGAUGGCCAAUUAGGAUUAAACUCAUACGUACAAAUAGAAACAACGCCAAAAAUGGUUAAAGCUCUUGGUACAAAUGUAGUGAUUCAAGUAGCUUGUGGAUAUAAGCAUGCCAUAGCACUCACAAAUAAUGGAGAACUGUAUGCAUGGGGCUCUAAUGAUGAAGGCCAGUUGGGAAUUGGUCCAGAAGUAAAAGCUGAACUAAAACCAAAAUUAGUUUCUAGUCUUGCAGCUAUGCCUAUUGCAUUUAUUGCUUGUGGAGGAUCUCAUACGAUUGUUGUAUCCAAGUCAGGAGCAAUUUAUGUAUGGGGUAAAAAUACAUUUGGCCAAUUAGGAAUUAAUAGUACGCAAAAUCUUAGUUAUCCUUUUCAACUAAGAACACUAAGAAAUUCUAAAGUACGGCAUGUUUCCUGUGGUGAAGAUUUUUCAGCCUUUCUUACAGCGGAUGGCGGUGUAUUUACAUGUGGUGCAGGUAUGUAUGGACAACUUGGUCACGGAACCACAAGUAACGAAAUACUUCCACGUCAAAUCAUCGAACUAAUGGGGAGUGUAGUAACGCAAAUUUCUUGUGGAAAGCGACAUAUGCUAGCGUUAAUACCUUCAAGAGGUCGAGUGUAUGCUUGGGGAUUAGGUGGAGCUGGCCAGUUAGGAAUUCGAGUCGUACGAACUGUUGCUACUCCUCAAGUUGUUCUGGGACCAUGGGUAUCACCAAAUGGAACAUCAAUAUAUCAAAGCGAUAUCCCUCCUAGUGAGCAUGGUAAAAAUGGUGUAGUUAAGCAUAUUUUUACUGGCGGUGAUCAUUGUUUUGCCACUGUUACUAAACGAGAGAACAAUAUUCCUCCAGAUGAUUGUAGAGUAUUUGAACCAUCAUCUCAAAUAUUAGCAGUGACCGAAGAACAACUAUUGGUUUGCCAAAAAAUACCAAUGGGUGUUUCAUUAGAUCAUGAUUUAAUGAUGUACUUAGAAACAGUUUUUCGCAGCCAGGCAUGCGUUAAUGCAUCAUUUUUACUAUCAAAUGAUGCCCAUUAUGGUUGCUCAAGUAAACAUUCUGGUGUUGACGGUGAAUUAGCAUCUCGGCUUUUUGGAAUUAUUUCAGAUUUACACAACAAUACAAUUCAAGAAUUAAUUUUUACUUCUAUCACAGAAGGACUAUUGCCAACGCUUACUUUAUCACCACCAGAUAUAGAAACUUUGCGAGUUUAUAUUACUCUUCCAUUAUAUCACGAAUUCAUCGAUCCAAGAAAUUGUGAAAAACUUCAAUAUCCAUUUGCAAAAGCUUUAAAUAAUUUAAAACCUGAAGCCAAAAAAGUUGUCGGGAUUUGGUUGAAUCGAUCACCAGUUCAAAUAUUUUAUCGGCUAAUUAGAUCGUAUAAAGCUGUCGUGUUAUUUAUUAUGAAGAAUACUAAGAAUAUCGAUAAUAUGCGAUUCCUAACAAAUUCAAAUCUAGAACAAAGCUUAGAACUCUUAAAAUACAUCAACAAGCUAAACCAAACUGAUGACGGUUUACGAGUACCUUAUGAAAUUUUUCAUUUAUCUGAGUUAACAUCAAUAAUAAAUAUUCGAGGAGAUUAUGUAAAAUGGUUGCGUAAUUCAGAUGCUAGUAGUGUUGGAGUUGCAUUAAUUUGUAAUUAUCCAUUUAUUUUUGAUGCUCAAGCAAAGCUACAACUACUUGAAACUGAUCAAGCUAUUCAAAUGCAUUCAGCAAUGAACGAAGCCGCAACAAUAGCAAUAACAAAUGUAAUGUUUAAUCCAUUUUUACGUAAUGGAAAUCAUCAAGCAUCACAAUUUUUGAUAUUGACUGUUUCUAGAGAAAAUAUUGUUACCGAUACAUUAAGAGAAUUAUCUGAAUAUGACUCUAAUGAUUUAAAAAAACCAUUAAGAGUGAAAUUUCAUGGAGAAGAAGCAGAAGAUGCUGGAGGAGUUCAGAAAGAAUUCUUCCUUUUAUUAUUAAAAGAAAUACUUGAUCCUAAAUACGGAAUGUUCAAACAAUAUGAAGAAACUCAUAAUAUUUGGUUUAGUGAAGAUUCUUUUGAAGACGAGAUGAUGUAUUUUCUUAUUGGAGUUUUAUGUGGAUUAGUGAUUUAUAAUUUUAUAAUAAUCAAUUUGCCAUUUCCAUUAGCAUUAUAUAAAAAAUUGUUACAUGAGCCAAUAAGCUUAAAUGACUUGAAAGAUUUAUCACCAGUUACUGCAAAAAGUUUACAAAGUUUAUUAGAUUAUAAUGGAAAUGAUUGUGAAGAAGUUUUUGGAUUAAAUUUUGAAGUAACUCGACAAGUAUUCGGAGAACAACGAGUUUAUGAAUUGAUUCCUGGUGGUAGUAAAAUUCCUGUUACUUUAGACAACAAAAAGGAAUUUGUUAAUUUAUACGUUGAUUAUAUAUUUAAUAAAUCUGUUGAGUCACAUUUUAAUGCAUUUUAUAAGGGAUUCCAUAAAGUAUGUGGAGGAAGAAUAUUAAAACUAUUUCAUAGUCACGAAUUGAUGGCCGUUGUUGUAGGUCAUGAAAAUUAUGAUUGGAAAGAGCUAGAAGAAAAUGCUGCGUACAAAGAAGGAUAUCAUAAAGAUGAUCCUACAAUCGUGUUAUUUUGGAAGAUAUUCCAUGAACUUUCAUUGGAUGAAAAAAAGAAAUUUUUAUUAUUUCUAACUGGAAGCGAUCGAAUACCUAUUCAAGGAAUGAAAGCUAUCAAGAUCACAAUACAGCCAAUGUCAGAUGAAAAGUUUUUGCCUGUUGCUCAUACUUGCUUUAAUUUAUUGGAUUUACCUCGUUACAAAACAAAAGAAAAAUUAAAAUAUAAGUUAUUACAAGCUAUACAACAAACUCAAGGAUUUUCAUUAGUGUAAAUAUAAUCAACUCACAGAUAAUGAAAUAAAGGAGAAAAUUAUUUUGCUAAAA